UGUGCGGUCUUUUUCUUCAGACCAGCAAUGGAUGUUACGCCUGGAUUUGCAUUCUUUAUUAUUUUACUGCAUUUAAUUCUCGCGAAUGGACUUUAUAUCUCCAAUGGCAUAGAGUCUCUGCAGCAUGUCCUGAGGGAGUAUGGCGUGGCUAAGCCUGUGAACACUGACGCAGAGGGCCGGUUCCUCUCAGGUGCUGUCUCUGCACCUCAACUGGACAGCCAGCACCAGCAGGCCCAUAGACGCUGGAGAAGAGAGGCUGCAGCUGCCUCAGACCCCAGCCAUGGAGACCUGGAGGAGGGAGAGGGUACAGCCAGGCACAGGGAGACACUCUUCUACAAUGUCACUGUAUUUGGCCAGGAGCUCCACCUGCGCCUGCACUUCAACUCCAGGCUGGUGGCCCCCGGAGCUAAAGUGGAGUGGCACGAGGAGGGCAACCAGACCCGCUACGAGCCUCUACGGGACAGCGACUGCUUUUAUGUAGGAGAGGUCACCAACGUCAGGGACACAUCCGUCGCUAUCAGCAACUGUGAUGGUCUGGCAGGAAUGAUCCGUAUGGGGAAGGAGGAGUUCUUCAUCGAGCCCCUGGUGCGUGGAGGGGGUCUGACGGGGGAGGAGAGCGGAGACGGACGACAUCACAUUGUUUAUCGCUCCUCUGCCAUUAAGAGGCCCCCUGUCAAUCAAACAGCAGACUCUCACCCCAGAGGGUCAGUUCUAGGUGGUCUGAUGGACCUGCAGGCCCUGUCCAGAGGGGUGAAGCAGCAGCAUCACAACCUGAUCCGGAACAGGACCAGGCGGGCUCGGGCCCGACGCCAGGCCAACGAGGAACACGAGCUGUUCAACAUCGAGGUCCUACUGGGGGUGGACUCCUCUGUGGUCAACUUCCAUGGCAGAGAGCACAUCCAGAAGUACCUCCUCACCCUCAUGAACAUAGUGAAUGAGAUUUACCAGGAUCGUACCUUGGGUGCUCACAUCAACGUGGUUCUGGUCCGUAUCAUCAUGCUGUGUCCUGCCAAGUCUAUGAGUCUGAUAGAGCUGGGGAACCCAUCUCAGAGUCUAGAGAACAUAUGUCGCUGGGCCUUCCUGCAGCAGAAGGAAGACAGGAGUGAUCCAGAGUACCAUGACCACGCCAUCUUCCUCACCCGACAGGAGUUUGGUCCCUCCGGCAUGCAAGGUUACGCUCCUGUGACGGGUAUGUGCCACCCAGUGCGGAGCUGCACUCUCAACCACGAGGACGGCUUCUCCUCUGCCUUUGUCGUGGCACAUGAGACUGGACACGUGCUGGGUAUGGAGCAUGAUGGCCCCCCUGGUAAUGAGUGUGGUGAUGAGGUGCCCAUGGGUAGCAUCAUGGCCCCUCUGGUGCAGGCUGCCUUCCAUCGCUUCCACUGGUCCCGAUGCAGCCAGGCGGAGCUCAGCAAGUACCUGAACUCCUAUGACUGUCUCCGUGACGACCCCUUUGACCAUGACUGGCCGGCGUUGCCACAGUUACCAGGGAUACACUACUCCAUGGACGAGCAGUGUCGAUUUGACUUUGGCGCCGGCUACACCAUGUGUACGGCGUACAGCACCUAUGACCCCUGCAAGCAGCUCUGGUGCAGUCACCCAGAAAACCCAUUCUUCUGCAAAACCAAGAAGGGUCCGCCCAUCGACGGCACUAAGUGUGCACCGGGGAAGCACUGCUUCAAGGGUUACUGCAUCAAGUUGACCCCAGACAUUCUAAGGCAGGAUGGUGCUUGGGGCACGUGGAGUAACUUUGGCUCCUGCUCUCGCACCUGUGGGGGUGGUGUGCGCUUCCGGACCCGUCAGUGUGACAACCCAAUCCCUGCCAAUGGAGGACGCACCUGCUAUGGCAACAGCUAUGAGUUCCAGCUGUGCAACCUAGAGGAGUGCUCCAAGCCCUUCGCUGACUUCAGGGAGGAGCAGUGCAAGAUGUGGGACCCAUACUUUGAGUAUGACAACACCAAGCACCACUGGCUGCCCUAUGAGCAUCCUGACCCUGAUGAGAGAUGUCAACUCUACUGCCAGUCCAAGGAGACAGGAGACGUGGUGGCCAUGAACAGGAUGGUUCACGAUGGCACACGCUGCUCCUACAAAGACCCUUACAGUGUCUGUGUGCGGGGGGACUGUGAGCACGUGGGCUGUGAUAACCAGAUAGCCUCAGACACGCAGGAGGACAAAUGUGGGAUAUGUGGUGGAGACAACUCCAGCUGUAAGAUCAUCAAGGGGAACUUCACUAGAAGUGCUAAAAAACAAGGUUUCCUCAAGAUACUUGAAAUCCCCCGAGGGGCCAGGCAUCUGUUGAUCAAGGAGUUCAAGGGGACCCCUCACAUCCUCGCGGUGAAGAACCAGGCCACAGGUCAUCUGUUUCUGAAUGAUGAGGAUGAGUUUCCAGAGUCCCGUACGGUGAUAGAGAAGGGGGUGGAGUGGGAGUACCACAACCAUGACGACAUGGAGACCGUCCAGACCACAGGACCUCUCGGAUAUGCUGUUCUGGUCAUGAUCCGUUCCCACGGUGACUCCAAAGUGACCCUCUCCUACAAAUACAUUCUCCACGAGAAGCUGCAGUCAUCCAUAGAGAGCAACCUGGUGCAGGAGGACACAGCCUACUUUGAGUGGGCUCUGAAGAAGUGGUCUCAGUGCUCUAAACCCUGUGGAGGAGGUAAGCAGUACACAAGGUUUGGCUGCAGGAGAAAGUCAGAUGGGAAGAUGGUCCACCGCACCCACUGUGUGAACAUCGACAAUCUCAGAGCUAUCAGCAGGGAUUGCAACCAGAAAGAGUGCUCCCAGCCAGUUUGGAUCACUGGGGACUGGGAGGAGUGCAGUUCAUCCUGUGGGAAGACUGGCUACCAGAGCCGCUCUGUACGCUGUCAGCAGCCCCUCUCUGGCGGUGGCCAACGCUCCAUCCAUAGCAAGUACUGUAAUGAUGACAGGCCAGAGGGAAGACGACCCUGCAACCGCCAGCUCUGCCCUGCCCAGUGGAGAGUAGGACCCUGGUCCCAGUGUUCGGUGACGUGUGGCAACGGGACCCAGGAGCGCCAGGUUCUGUGUAACACUCCUGAUAACUCAGUGGGACUCUGCAUGGAAACCAAACCCAUCACACUCAGAACCUGCCAGCUAGUCCCCUGCACAGGUGACGGAAAAAACUUUUUGAUCCAGUGGCUGUCACGGUCCAACCCAGAGUUUCCUGUACCCAAGAUCUCCUCAAGGCAGUGUAAGGGGGAUAGGUCAGCGUUCUGUCGUAUGGCGGUGCUGAGCAUGUACUGCACCAACCCUGGGUACAGACAGAUGUGCUGCAAGUCCUGCACCGAGGGGAACUUCACCACUAUGGGCCAGAACUUCACCACUGGGCCCUGGAGGUACACCACACUACCCACCCCCACCAACAGCACCUAUUCAACAACCCCCACAAUAACCCUCAGACCCAAAUCCACCACUGGGAUAUAUAGUACUGACUUUGCUUAUGUCGAGUAUGAUGAUUAUGGGGAGUAUACAACCAAAACCGACGAACACAGCACAACAAAAAAAUAUAGUCCUACCACCACCCCUGUAUUAACCACUAGACGGCCCAGAAGAGUAACCACCCCCCCGGUUACUGCCAGAAGUCCUAAAUCUCCACCCACCACCACUGAGGAGACUACGGUUCCCAGCACCACCGUCAUCACCGUCACUACCGCGGAACCCACCACAAUCCCCACCAAUCAGGACCCAUUACCUCUCAGAACUACAAAUGUCCCCAAGUCCACCACAGCUUGGGUUGAUGUUAUUGAGAGGAAGUCCUGGAUGACCCUGGCUCCAUCCACUUCCAGACCUAAAGGAGACAAGAGACGGAAAACCAUUCCAACACAGCGUAGGGUCAUUGUGACACUCAUGCCCUCCACCAUAGCCCCCCACCGGACAGGGGACAAGAGAGAAAACAACUCGGUGGACGUGCCGUACAGGAUCGUUGGUGUAGACAAUGAGGUCUCUCAAAACCACUUUGUUCCUAGAAUACGGCCUCCAUUCCGAGAAACGACACGAAACAAAAGGAUACAAGAACUCCUAGCCGAGAAAAGGAGGCAAGACUUACUUCUCAGACGAGCAAAAAGAAAACCUUGAUAGUCAGUCAUUCAAGUCAUCUUUGUUAGUGCUCUAUAUGGGGAUAUUCCUAUUGAACACCUGCAAACAAUUCCGUUUUAAUGGAACCAAAGUGAAACCACUCAUUCCAGUUCAGAGACUGUCAGUCAUGUAGAAAUUAAAACUUGUGGCUUGAAGAUUGGAAUUUGGCCUGCUUUGCUUUUUUAUCCAAUGAGGAAAGGGGACAGAAAUGGACUAAACAGACACAAUAUUGAGAAAUGAAUAUACUAACUCUAUAAUUACUCUUCUGUAAAUCCAUUCUCUUGAGUGAUAAUUGCACAUUUGUACUCGCUGCUUGGCAAUGAAGAGAAAUUGAAUAGUCUUUUAUGCUUUGAUGUCAAUACAUAUUAUACUUUUGUUUAGAUUGUAAACAAUUUACAGUUUACAAUUUACAAUUUGGACCUUUGUAGCUCAGUUAGUAGAGCAUGGUGCUUGCAACAUCAGGGUAGUGGGUUUGAUUCCCAGGACCACCCAUACA